GAGGGCAUAAGUGGGAAAUUGAUAAACCAGAAGAGAAGAACGAAGAGAGAGAAAGAGCUAUACCAGAAGAGAAGAACGAAGAGGAAGAGAGAGAGAGAGAUAGGGGGCGAGCUAGAGGAGACGACGGAGAGACAGAAGACGGCCGGUAGAAGAACGCCGGAAGGAGACAGAAGAGACGAUACGCACGCCAAAGAGAUUCGGGGAAGAAAAACGCUUCCAGCCUUAAACCAGCAUGAACUGUGAUAUUAUUGAAGGAUAGCAGCUGCUCUCCCGUGGUUGAUCAAGGAAUCUCAGUGAUCAUUAAUCUCUUAGAUUUGACUGUGUGUGUUGCGUUCAUGUGCGUAUGCAGCAUUGGUGAGGUUGGCUAUUUCAAUUGGCUAUUUGGUUUGCAGUUUACGCAGGAUUCACCAUUUUUGUGGCUUGAGAAGAAUAGACACUCAAACCCUCUGAGUCUCUUCUCUGGUCUUCUCUCUCUCUGUCUGAAGUCUUUGGCUUUCGUGUCUCUCUCACAACGAACGUCACCACUGAGUACUGGAUCAUCAUGUUAUAACCCCUUCAUUUGUCCGCUCAUUCACUGCUUUGUGCGACAGAAAUCCUAGACAGGUUAAUAAUAUUAUAUAAACACAUAGGUUUGUUUUCAAGGAGUUUAGCGAGACACAAAAGAGGAAGAGCUCUUUCUUCAGGAGUUUUGCAAAUGCCCAUGUGAAGAAGUUCAAGAACAAGAGGAACACCUUGAUUCAUAUAGAUUCAGUAAAGUUGUAGAAGAUCAACUGUUAGCAUCUGAUCCUGACAUUAUGGAUGAGAGAGUGGACGAUGUGCCAUUUUUUUACAUGGAAGAAUCACAGGAGCUGCUGUCUGUUCCUAUGAAAUUGAAGAGAAAGGUCAGACCAAAGAAAAUGGACUUUGUUGGGUGGGGAUCUAAGCCUCUCAUAGAAUUUCUUGAAUCAAUUGGUAAAGACACUAGCAAACAGAUCUCCCAAUAUGAGGUGGCUGCCAUCAUCAAUGAUUAUGUAAACAAGAAUAACCUUAUUCACCCACAAAAGAAGAAGAGAAUUCUGUGUGACGAGAGGCUCCAUUAUCUUUUUGGAAGGAAAUCCGUGGUACGAAUUAAAAUAUAUGAUCUGCUGGAAACACACUUCUUUGAAAACCAAGAUGGAUCAGAGGAUGAGUUUUUAUACAGUUCAGAGGAAAACGAUGAGAAUACCAUGGUGGUCAGUAAACUACAGAAAACCUCCAGUUCAGACCGAAAAAAUAUUCAUCAAAGGAAAAAAGUUGCAGAAACUCCUAAAAGUUGUUUUGCAGCCAUAAUUUCUGCAAAUAUAAAGCUUGUGUAUUUGAAAAGGAGUUUAGUUCAGGAUCUUCUGGCAGACCCUGAAACUUUUGAAAGUAAAGUAGUGGGAAGUUUUGUGAGAGUCAAAUCUGAUCCAAAUGACUACUUCCAACAAAAUUCUCACCAACUUCUGCAAGUUACAGGUGUGAGGAAAGCCUCUGGAACUGGCAACACUUGCACAGAGAUUCUACUUCAAGUUCCUAAUAUGAUGAAAGACAUUCGCAUUUGCAUGCUGUCAGAUGAUAACUUCUCUGAGGAAGAAUGUGAGGAUUUGCGUCAAAGAGUAAAAAGUGGUUCCCUCAAGAGGCCUACUGUUGUGGAGUUUCAACAGAAGGCCCAAAUGUUGCAUGAGGAUAUAACGAAGCAUUGGUUGGUGAGAGAGCUUACCUUGUUGCAAAAUCUCAUUGAUCGAGCUAAUGAGAAGGGAUGGCGCAAAGAGUUAUUUGAGUACCUGGAAAGAAAGCAGCUGCUUCAAACACCGUCUGAACAGUCGAGACUAUUGCUUGAGGUUCCAAAAGUAACUGCAGAUGAAAUAGAGCAGGAAGCUACACCACAAGAAGGAAGUUAUGGUUCCCCAAGAUCAAUUCUUAGGGGUGCAUCAGAGAUUUCUACCUGUGAGUUAGAGGCAAAUCAAACUUUGUCAACCAAAAACUUCAGCAGUACUGAUGCUGCAGAAGAUCAGCCAGCUCAAUUUGUUCAAGAACAGAAGAACUUGGAUGAAUUCGAGGAGGAUUCUCAUGGAAAAGUUGAUGAGCACGAGCAGGUGGUUGUGGCAACUCAGGUGAUUGAAGUGAGUGAUGAUGAUAAAGAAGUUGAAGAUGCUGGCGGACAAUUGUCAAUAUGGCAUUAUGUGGAUCCCCAGGGAGAGGUACAGGGGCCCUUUCCAAUGGAAUCACUGAAACGUUGGAGUGAUGCUAACUACUUCCCUCCAGACUUCAAGGUUUGGAGGAUGGGUCAAAGCCAAGAAGAAGCUGUCUUAUUAAGCGAUGCACUAAGCUUCUCCCAAAGUUUUCCAACAAUUGAUUAAAGCAAGGAAGCAAGGGUCCGCUAGCCAGCCUCUAACAAGCAUGAAGUCGUCUUGUUCUGCCAGCCUCUGACAAGAAUACGUUUGUCAUUCAUUUGACAUCUAUUCUAUUGAGAGAAUUCGAUACACCUUACAUAAAAGCAUUGCUUGUAUCUUUACUUAGUUUUACCAAAUAAAAACACUAGUCCUCAUUACAUGUUAACAGUAAUGGUAUCACUAUCAAAGCCUUGCAUUACACGGUCUUUCAAAGGAGAGAACAUAUCCUCACAUGGGGGCUUCAGAGUUUUAAAAACUUGGUGCCUCACCUAUUUUAUAUUUGAUUUUGUUUUCAUUGGAGCUUCAGAGUUUUCUUUAGGAAGCCAUUUUUUUGCAUUCCUUCUAUAGAGUUUGUUCUCAUGGUGCUUAAGGAUAUUGCAGGCUGAAGCAUAGCUUUUGCACCUCAGAAAUACAGGAGAUAGAGCUCUGGAGCAAGAGCCUCGUAUAAAUUAUCAUUGUUUUUUUGUUUUUUUGUUUUUUUGCUUUUUUUGUUUUUGUUUUUGUUUUUGGAGGAACAAAAAAACCUCAUUCAAAUUGGUGUCUUUAGGGCUCUGCCAGUGUAAUAUAUUUCUACCCAAUUUGGGUACUGGCAAACACAAUGUGGCAGGAGUUUGCCCCACAUGGUGUUGUGCUUGCUUGCAUGAUA